CUAGAGGGCGGUAUAAUGGUAAACAAUUCCUCAGAGGCAUCAGCCUGUUGAGUUGGCACAUCUUUCUCUGAAUUCCACAAAAUUGUUGUUGCAAUAAACGCAGAGAUUUUCUCGAGAGGUAUCAUAGAGGACAAAUAGGUGCAACGAUGAAUACAUCUGCAAAGAUUGUGGAAUGUGUUCCCAAUUUUUCGGAGGGACGAUCGAAGGAGAUCGUCGACGCCAUCGCCCAUGCACUCAUCCACACCGAGGGGUGCCACUUACUGGAUGUGGACCCAAGCCCGUCCACCAACCGCACCGUCUUUUCGUUUGUGGGCUCUCCCGAUGCCGUCGUCGAGGGCGCUCUCAAUAUGGCCCGGGUCGCGGCGCGGCUGAUUGACAUGCGACAUCAUCAUGGUGAGCAUCCACGCAUGGGGGCGCUAGACGUGUGCCCCUUCAUUCCAGUCUGUAACGUGACCAUGGAGGAAUGCGUCCAGUGCGCCAAGGAAUUCGGGCAACAACUCUCUCAAGAACUCUCCAUUCCAGUUUAUCUCUACGCCGAAGCUGCCACAGAAGAGAAAAGAAAGUUGCUGUCAUCCAUAAGAGCAGGAGAAUACGAGAAACUUGCCACCAAACUCGCCGAUCCAGACUGGCUCCCCGAUUUCGGCGCGGCCGAGUUCGUCCCAUCAUGGGGCGCGACGGCCACCGGCGCCCGCAAAUUCCUGAUUGCCUACAACGUGAACCUGCUGGGAACCAAGGAACAGGCGCACCGCAUCGCCCUCAACAUCCGGGAGCAAGGCCGCGGAAAAGGCCAGCCCGGAAGACUCAAGUCCGUCCAGGGUAUAGGGUGGUGGCUCGCGGAGGCCAACCUAGCCCAAGUCAGCCUGAAUCUUCUGGACUUUGAAGUCUCGACAAUGCAUCAAGUUUUUGAAGAAUGCGUCAAGGAUGCUGAGGAGUUGAAUCUAGCCGUCUGCGGCUCACAGAUCGUCGGUCUGGUGCCCCUGCAGGCCAUGCUAGACGCAGCCGACUAUUACAUCAUGAAAGAGAACCUGUUCAUCUUGGACGAAGACCAGAAAAUACGACUGGUGAUUCAAAAGUUGGGCCUGAGUUCUCUGAGCCUCUUCAAACCAAACGAACGGAUUAUUGAAUACAUGGUCCGGGAAGAUGACUCUAUCGACGCUCCUCUGGCCAACAUGAGCCUCAAGUCCUUUAUCAAAAGUGUCGGGGCCCGGACCCCCGCGCCUGGGGGCGGGUCUGUGGCUGCUGCCGUGGGGGCGUUGGGUGCUGCUUUAGCUAGCAUGGUUGGGUGGAUGACGUACGGCAAUAAAAAGUUCGAGAAACUGGAUGCGACAAUGCGACGUCUCAUACCGCAGAUGAACGACGUCAUGCAGAGUCUGAUACCCCUGGUGGAUGCCGACGCUGCGGCUUUCAAUGGAUUCAUGACCGCCAGUAAACUUCCCAAAACAACCGAGGAAGAAAAGAAAGUGCACGAUGAAUGCGCGCAAGCCGCCAUUCGCACAGCCAUCUCGGUACCCAUGCAGGUGGCCAAAAGCAUCAACGACAUAUGGGAACCAUUGAAGGAACUGGCCAGGCACGGCAAUGUGCAGUGCGUCUCCGAUCUGCAGGUUGGGGCCAGAGCUCUGGAAUUAGGCGUAUGGGGCGCCUAUUACAACAUUAUGAUUAACAUUCCAAAUGUGGAGGAGGAAAGCUACAAAGAAAAGGCAAGGGAGGACAUUGAGACUGUCCUGAAGCUGGCAAAAGAGGGCGCCGCAGACGUGCUGAAAAUUGUGGACGAACGUGCUUAAGACAGAGCAAGCUUAAGACAGUUGUGCAUUCUGGGAAUUCUGUCGGCCUGUAUAAUGUGUGCAAAAUGUGUGAGUAUAUAUUAAAGUUGGUAAAACCGUGCUAUGUGGCGCUCAAGAAUUUAUUGUUCAAAUUGAAUUAUUACUUGUUUUAGCAUGAGUCAUGAGCUUUCAAAUGAGUCACCGAAAAGUUUUAAACUUUGAAAUAGAAGCAUUCUGUAUUCGUAUUUCAAAAAUGUGAAUAUAUAUUUUUGUGUGCUGCACAAAAAAUAUUGUGUUUCUAGGAGACCAGGGUGAUAAGCAUUCACUUUUUUUUUUUCCUAAUUUCUUUUUUUUUUUUAAUAGUUUUUUUAGAAUUGGUUAUUUCAAUUAAAAACAAAAUUAAAAACAGUUUUCACAUUUUAAAUUGCCCAGUGUGAGUUUAGGUAGGGUACAUGAAACAUGAUGCAAUACCGUAGCAGUGCAGGUAUAACAAGAAUAUUUGAGGCCCUCUUGUGGUGGUUAAUCCCAACGUUUUAUUAUUUAACAAAAACCCCGAAUAGUAUUGUACUUACUACUUCAUGCAAAGUUUAGGGACAUGCAUAUAUUUUUCUUCCAAUACAGAAAUUGUAUGGCAUAUAUGGUAAAAAAAAAAGUGUGAUGACAAUUUUAGUUUGGUUUUAAUCAGCAUUUCCGUUCUGUAAUAGUGGUGUGUGUAACUGGGUAGCAUGGCUUCUCUGGCAUGUUUAUAUAUAAAAGCAAUGCGGUGAAAUUGAUGUUAAAAACAGUUUUUGUCUGUUGUAAAGGUAAACUUCCUUCAAAAGGAAUGCAUAAUAAGCAAUAAAUGAAACAGCAUGUUACAUGUAUAUAACGCUGUAGAUUAACUACAAAAUGAUUUAACACAUGUAAAUUUUCAAAAAGUGCCUUAUCAAGUCGAAAAGACACACACAAACAAAAAAAGCUUGAUGAAAGUAAAAGUUCUUUGUAAUAAGCAUAUACUAGCUUUUAAAAUAUCCUUUUUGGAAAAAAAAACAAAAUUUAAUGUGGUUUAAUACUUUAUUUGGCCUGCAAUGUCAGAUUAUAUUUACCGUGCAGCUUGUGUAAUGGAUUUGGUGUUGAAUAAAAAUAGCAAAAGCUAUUCAAACAAAAGUUAAAAUGUCUCAGUUAGUUGCAACUGUGUCACUAAUUUCUCUGCACAUGCAGCCAAUAAAUGCAUUCUUUUC